AUGUUUUCUCGUCCACAAUUUGUUGCCUUGACAGUUGUGUUGGUUUUGGCAUCUUUGGUUCUUGCUACUUCAAGCAAACCAAGAGAAGAAGUCAACUAUGUUGAAAAGAGGGUUCCUGUUGCUGCUUUCAAUAACGAAAAGGUCAUUCAAGCUGAUUUCUUUAUUCGUGCUCAAGAUGAUUCGAAUAUUCUCUUGCAAAUGAGAAAUAAGAGAAAGCCAAGUACUAAAAAGUAUUCACCAGAUAACGUUGUCUUGUUUGUUCAUGGUGCUACUUAUCCAUCUGAAACUAGUUAUGAUUUGGUUCUUGGUGGUAUGAGCUGGAUGGAUUUCAUGGCUAUGCAAGGUUAUGAUACUUACUUUAUUAAUGUUAGAGGUUAUGGUGAUUCUACCAGACCAGCUAAUACUGGUGAGCCAAUUGUCAGAACCACAACUGCUGCUGAUGAUUAUGCCACAGCUGUCAAAUAUAUUUUGAGACGUAGAAAUAUUUCCAAGAUGAACAUUAUGGGUUGGUCCUGGGGAACUUCCAUUGCCACCACCUUUGCCACCAACUAUCCAGAAUUGACCAAUCGUUUGGUUAUCUAUGCUCCUCAAUGGUACAGAAAUUUCCAAACUAAAGUUUCUGGAAGUUAUCGUAACACAACCAUUGAAGGAAGACGUGCCUCUUGGUUGACUGGUGUCGCUGCUGAUAAGCAAAAUUCAAUCAUCCCAGCUGGUUGGUAUGAAAUUUGGGAAAGUGUCACUUUUGCUAAAGCUUUGGUUAAUGAAAAGGGUGUGAAAUAUCUCUCUACUCCAACUGGUAUUGUUUAUGAUAACAAUGAAUAUUGGUUCAACAGUAUUAAUAUUUACAACUCAACCAAGCUCAAUAUGCCAGUUUUGGUUAUCCGUGCUGAAUGGGAUGCUGAUUUGAACAUUGACAUGUCUCUUGGAUAUUUCAAGAAUCUUACUCAAGUUCCAUAUAAGAAAUUCGUCCAAAUUCCAGAAGGAACCCAUCAAGUUUUAUUGGAAAAGAAUAGAAUGGCUUUAUUCAGAGAAGUUCAACACUUUUUGACUGAAGAAAAGACCAUUCCAUUGGCUGCUACUGAUUAUGAUUUGGAUGCCAUUCGUAAUUAA